AUGAGUGAAGAGGAGCGAGAUAUUGAUACACCAAGUUCGGAUGACAAACCAACAUUCAACGCCAAUGUCGAAGGUCAAGUGGAAGAAAAAAUACAGGUGGAUCGAAAACGCCUAGAAGCGAUGAUCACAGGCCAGCCAGUAUGUGGAUUUGCCAACCCCCCAGCAGCAGACGAAUUUUUUAAAAAG